CAUUUUGUACAGACUGCUAAUUUCACUGCAGGCUUAGACUAUAAAAACACCACCAGAAAUCAAAGACAUUUCAGCCACGAAUCAGAGUUGAGACAACUUGACAUCCAUGGCUGAAGACGGCAAAUUACACAUAGUAAUGUUUCCUUGGCUGGCCUUCGGCCACAUGAUCCCAUACUUAGAGCUCUCCAAGCUCAUAGCUAAAAGGGGUCACAAGGUUUCCUUCCUUUCCACCCCAAGAAACAUCGAUCGCCUCCCAAAACCACCUCCAAAUCUAACCCGUCAUCUGAAAUUUGUCAAAAUUCCCUUACCCCAUAUCGAAAAUCUCCCUGAAAAUGCAGAGGCCACUACUGAUCUACCCUACAACAAAGUCAAGUACCUCAAACUAGCCUGUGACGGCCUUCAACAACCCAUAUCUGAAUUUCUUCAACAAACUUGUCCUGAUUGGGUCCUCUUCGAUUUCGCUCCUUAUUGGAUACCAUCUGUUGCAUCUAAGCUGAACAUCCGUACAGCUUUUUUCAGUAUCUAUACUGCGCCAUUUUUGGGCUUUUGCGGCCCCGUCGAAGUGAUGAAGGGCAAUGGAGAAGACAGGAAAACGCCCCAGGAUUUCACUGUGAAACCCAAAUGGGUUUCUUUUGAGACGAACAUUGCUUUUAAGUUGUUUGAGAUUUCGCGACUCGUUGACAGUUUGAUCGGGGAUGAAGAGCCCAUCUCCGACAUAUUCCGGGGCGGAUCUUCGAUUGAAAACUGCGAUUUCUUGGCUAUAAGGAGCUGUUCUGAGUUUGAACCCGAAUGGUUACAGCUUAUGGAGGAGAUUUAUCAGAAGCCGGUGAUUCCGGUCGGUCAACUGCCGACCACCGGCAACAAUGAUGCAGAUGAGGGAAAAGAUGAAGCAUGGAGACCUAUAAAAGAGUGGCUUGACAAACAAGAAAGAGAGUCAGUUGUUUAUGUAGCAUUCGGGAGCGAGGCGAAACCGAGUCAAGCUGAACUCAAUGAAAUUUCUCUAGGUUUGGAGCUGUCUGGUUUGCCAUUUUUCUGGGUUUUGCGGACGAAACGGGGUGGUGAAGAUACUGAGGUGAUUGAGCUGCCUGAAGGAUUUGAGGACCGGACCAAGGAUCGGGGGGUGGUUUGUGCCAGUUGGGCGCCACAGUUGAAGAUACUGAGUCACGACUCAGUGGGUGGGUUCUUGACUCACUCGGGUUGGAGUUCGGUUGUGGAGGCUAUUCAGUUUGAGAAGGCUCUUAUUUUGCUGACAAUGUUGGCUGACCAAGGAAUAAAUGCGAGGGUCUUGGAGGAGAAAAAGAUGGGGUAUCCGAUUCCUAGAGAUGACUCGGACGGGUCAUUUACGAGGGACUCGGUGGCCGAGUCACUCAGGCUGGUGAUGAUUGAGGAUGAGGGAAAGAUAUACAGGGACAAAAGUAAGGAGAUGAGGAGAUUAUUUUGUGAUGAGAGUCGGCAAGAUGGCUACGUUGAGACUUUGUUGAACUUUCUUCAAAGCUACAAAAGUGCAAAAGAAGAGAAAUAAAUUUGGACUAUCUGUAAAGUUUCUUUGCAGUACUAUGAUUGGAAGGGGAAAGAGUUGAAUGAAUUCUUGCAAUUGUCCUAUAUCAAAGUGAAUUUUAAUUUCGAAAAUGAAAUGUUCACAUUCUCAUGUUUAUUGGUAUCCUUUUAGAAUGGUUAAUCAUGUUAAAAAUAAGAACAGUCUAAUUUUAA